UUCCCUGGCGAUAGCGAAACCGUUAUUCGGAAGCCAUUCGAUAGGCCUUUCGGGUGUGCGUGUGCGUUGUCUGGUGGGCAGUGGGCAGGCUCCUUGAAGAAUGGGUUUGAUCAGCAAGUGUUGCGUUUUUUUCGGUCUUGGAUCGGUUGCAUAUUUUGUGCGGUGGUAUUACAUCGGCCGACUGUACGAAAGCAAGCGAAAGUUCCAGAACGGUGAGCUAAUCGUGCUGACCGGAGCGAACUCGGGCAUCGGUUGGGCGACACUGCUCGAGCUGGCCGACCGUGGCUGUCAUCUGGCGCUAGGUGUGCGCUGCCCAACAGUCGGCCAAACAAUCCGCGACCGGGUGCUGCAUCAGUGCCCGUGCGCAACGAUUGACACGUUCGUGCUGAAACUCGAAUCCCUUGCCAGUGUGGUAGAAUUCAGUGAAAACGUUCGCAAUCUCAACAAACCGCUGUACGCGCUGAUCAAUAACGCGGGCGUGUUUUACGUGCCGCCCAGUGUCACCGAGGACAAGCUAGAGUAUCUGUACCAGGUGAACUAUUUGGCGCACUUCCUGCUGACUCUGCGCCUACUGCCCGCCCUCAAGCAGCACCCGUCCGAUAGUCGCAUCGUGAACGUGGUUUCGCAAGCCCACCGCUCGGUGGCGGAAAUACCGCCGAACGACCGCUUCGGUGGCUCACCGUACCCCGACACAGCGGCCAAUCGGUUCCGGGCGUACGCGUACAGCAAGUUUUGCUUGGUGCAGUUCUCCUACCGCUUGUCGCAGCUGCUCGCCGCCAGCAGCACGAACAUCCCCACCGUACACUGUAUCGAUCCGGGCAACGUGGAAACCCCAAUCUAUCGUCACUUCCCACUGCUGGCGAAUCGGGCCCUUUUCUGGCUUCAAAAGCCGCUGCGAAUUUUGCUCAUCAAAACGCCACACGAAGGCGCCCAGGGCAUCCUGUACGCGGUACUGUCGGAAAAGAAGCCACCCUUCUACGUGCGCCGGUUCUGGGGCCGCGAGUCGAGCGAUUUCGACGAAAUCAAUCCACUGGUGCGCAAGGAAGCGCUCGCCGACACGCUAUGGAAACGGAGCCGGCAACAGUGCAGCCACCAUCUGCUGGAGAUGACGGUGUAGUGCCCCCGCUGUACGAGGAUCGCACCAAGGGGCUGCGGAAGGAACGGCUUUCAUUUCGCUUUACCUCCAUGGAGAAACCAUCCGAGCUGAGCCGUUGCC